AUGGUCAAAACAAAAACGUUCCUCUUGUUCUUCUCAAUUUUCAUUCUCCAUUCUCUUUCCUUCUCCACAGACACAUUCAUCUACGGUGGUUGCACGCAACAAACAUUCACCUCAACCUCACCCUACGAGUUCAACCUCAACUCCCUCCUCACUUCACUUGUCAACUCAGCAACCUACACAUCCUACAACAACUUCACAAUCGUCGCUUCAAAUCCCAACGACGUCGUUUACGGUCUCUACCAAUGCCGCGGCGACCUCUCCAUGCCAGACUGCGCCUCCUGCGUAUCACGCGCUGUCUCACGCGCCGGUGACAUAUGUCCGGCAACCCGGGGUGGCGUAGUGCAGUUGGACGGAUGUUACGUGAAAUAUGAUAAUGUUAAGUUUUUGGGCGUGGAGGAUAAAACGGUGGUGUUGAAGAAAUGUGGAUCUUCAAUCGGGUAUGACCCGAGUAACCGAGAUGCUGUGUUGGAUGGGUUGGUCGGGUCGGGUGGGUAUUUUCGGGUUGGUGGGUCGGGUCAGGUGAAAGGGAUGGUGCAGUGUAUUGGGGAUUUGAGUUUUUUGGAGUGUCAGGAUUGUGUUUUGGAGGCGAUCCGACGGCUGAGAAGUGAUUGUCCUGCGGCGGAUUACGGAGAUAUGUUUAUAGAGAAGUGUUACGCGAGGUACUCUAUUGGUGGUGGAGCCCAUGCUUACUCCAAAUCUCAUGGUAAAUCAGACAAUGAUAGUGAGAAGACAUUUGCCAUAAUUAUUGGAUUAUUAGCAGCUGUAGCUAUACUUAUAAUUUUUCUAGCUUUCUUGAGAAGGAUCUGUGAGGGACACCAGGGUAAAUAA